AUGCGCGGGCCAAGAUUUUCGUACUCGGAAGACUUUCGGGCGGUCUGGGACAAGGAAAACAUAAACCCGAAAAGCCGAGAGUUCUCCAGGAGAACAUUCCUGCCUGGGGACGUCCCAGAGUGCGCCAGCGAGGAGCCAGCCAAGCCCACACAGCAGAAGCAGAAGCCCAAAAGUAUCCCGCUAAAGCAGACGUGGCUAGACGACAUAUUAGGAUGUAAAUAA